AUGGAGUUUUACAGUUGUGACUGGCUCUUUCAAUCAAGGUUUUUGAAUUUGAUUUACGCUGGGGCUAAUGUAUUCCGAAUCCUUUACGGCAUAUUCACUAUCGUGUUUACGAACAUGGAAGACUUAGAUAUGAAGGAGAAACGCCGGGUACAGAACCGGGAAUCACAACGUAGGCUCAGAGCAAGAAAGAGAAAUGUGAGAGCGGAGAACACGCGAGAUGAAACAGAGAGCCAGUCGAAGGUAAAUAACCUUGCUGGCAAUGACUUUGACAUGGAAGCACCUCUUCUCCAUGGUGCACGUGCUCGUAAAGAGGUGUUUCAGAAGGGAGCCUACCCAAGCGAUCCGCUAUCAUUUCCCAGUUGGAUGUCUUCAACAGCAGAAUUGAUUUCAAGCCCGGCAUCUGGGGUUCAGAACCCUUUAACUUCAUUAAUGCCUCCGGCCCCUAUCUCUGCCUCGAGUGCUGCUCAGAAAUUUCAUAUUUCAAAGCCAGAAGAGAGACUCGCAGAUUGUGACGAAAUACAGUGGACUCAAAUGGUCGCUACGAGUCCACCUGCGGUUGACCUGAGCUCUUUGAUACCACCUCAAGAUUCGCGAUUGUGCAAUACAUCCGUACACCAUCAGUCCUAG